CGCUAUCUGGGCUCUGCGUCAGGGGCCGUGGGACCGGAACUCUGGUCCAGAGUCACUAUCUAGGCUCUGCGUCAGGGGCCGUGGGACUGGAGUCAUUAUCUGGGCUCUGGUCCGGAGUUACUAUCUGCAGGGCCGUGGGACCGGCUAGGCUCUGUGUUCUCAGUAACUCCUCCCAUAACUCCUUCUUUUAGGUUGUACGUGAUCAUCAGCCGACCGGCAUACAGAUGGCAGGACGCAGGACGUAUGUGACAUGACUUAGGCAUAGUGCAUUGUUAUGUACAGCUCAAGGGCGUAAGCAGGGUUACAGAAGCAGAACAAAGCGAGGUUACAAAAAGUCAAAAGUGGGCAGCUAACCAUUCAAUCCAAUAUAGUUUCUUUCAACUUAACACUCUAAAGUUUUUACAAACUAAAGCACAUCACUGGUUUUCAAACUGCAGAAUCACCAAGUAUCCAGGCAGAUUCUUCUCUCUUGUAAACUCCUCUGCUGAUUACAAUAAAACCCCACAUCCUUUCGCCCAGCCUCUACUCCUAGGGUUAUUCAUCUUACCUUACAGUCACAGACCUCAUAGUUCACCAGAAUGGACCUCCAAAAACACUCUUUUACUCAACUCAGACAAGCUUGGUUUACUGAUGGUUUUUAUCUGUGGAGCAGGGUAGGUCAUCACAUAAAACUACUGAGGCUAAAUCCUUACCUCCUUUCAUCUCAGCUCAAAAAGUUGCAUUCAUAACCCUUGGAAAACCUGAAUUUCACGCCUUUACUGACUUCAAACACCUUCUGUGUGCAUGCUGCUACAUGGAAGAAGUGAAGGCCACUGACAACACAUACAUUUAAAAUUCUUCCUUUCUCGAUUCCGUGAAGUUCCUUAAGACUCCCCCGUAGACCCUGAAGGACGACUCAGCCUCUUCGGACGCCGUGGUCCAGAUGCUGGUUCCAGGUGAUCCCUUGGGUCUCCCUAUCUGCUUAGCUUUGGUUUUCGGAAACUCAGUGGUCACACUUCCUCUGCACUGAAGAACUCCUAGCCCGACUAACGCCUGAAGAAAGAUCAAGGAGCGACCCAGGAAGAGGGUACACAACUCCACACAGUACUACUCCCAGAAGUCCCAUUGUCUACCCGUGAAAGAACCUUAAGAAAGCCCAAAUACGCCAAUCGCCACCGUUCCCGCUCCGAACUACAUUUCCCAGAAGGCUGUGCGGUGCGACUCUUCGUCUAACCAACUCGUGGGAACAGGAGAAGGGUCCGAGGGAGAUCGUUACAAACGUGUCAGAGCCACGGCCCAGGCUGAGGCCGUCGAAGUGCGUUCGAUGAGAGGGUGUAAUCCUCGGCGGGGGCGGCAACUACACUCUCAGUCAAAUCAUGAAAGCCAGCGUACCCCUGGGUCAGCCUCUGACUACAUUUCCCAGAGGACACCGCGCCAAGAACUUGACUCUCGCGUUAACUCACCUACAGUCACGCGUUGGCGGGACCCUCGGUUCUGCACUGGCAACUGUCGCGGUUUCAUAGACCGUGCCUUAGGCAGCUCGGAGGGUCAGAGCACUGCCUUUUGCCAGAAGUGGAACCCAGAGAGGACUGGUUCUUUGCUGCAGGUAUCGAAGCCAUGUCUCAGGAGUCAUUGAUGUUCAGUGAUGUGUCCAUAGGCUUCUCUCAGGAGGAGUGGGAAUGUCUGAAUGAUGCUCAGAGAGAUCUAUACAGAGAUGUGAUGUUGGAGAAUUACAGCAACCUGGUUUCAAUGGGAUGUUCUAUUUCUAAGCCCGAUGUGAUCUCCUUCUUGGAGCAGGGGAAGGACCCCUGGUUGCUUGGCAGAGAACUAACAGGAGACCAAUUGCAAGUCCUAGAAUCAAGAUGUGACACCAAGAACUUAUUUCUGAAGAAGGAAAUUUAUGAAAUAGAAUCAGCUCAGUGGGAGAUCAUGGAAAAACUUAGCAGACAUGACCUUCCAUGCCCUGGUUUCAGAGAUAAGUGGGAAUGUAAUGACUUGUUUGGAAAACAACAUGUUGUUCAGCAGGGACAUUUUCAUCAACUGACAUCCCCUCAUGAAGGCAAGCCCACAGUCAGUCGGCAUCCAUCCUACACAUUACAGCAGAUCACUAAUAAUAAAGAAAAAUAUUGUACAACUAAGGAAUAUAGGAAGAACUUUCGACAUGACUCACAGCUGACUACGAACCAGAUCAUUCAUAGCACUGAGAAGCCCUAUGAAUGUAAGGAAUGUGGAAAGGCCUUCAGACAUCCCUCAAGACUCAGUCAUCAUCAGAAAAUUCACACUGGCAAAAAACCUUUUGAAUGUAAGGAAUGUGGAAAAACCUUCAUUUGUGGCUCAGACCUCAUGCGACAUCACAGAAUACACACUGGCGAGAAACCCUAUGAAUGUAAGGAAUGUGGAAAGGCCUUUAGUAGUGGUUCAAACUUUACUCGACAUCAGAGAAUUCACACUGGUGAGAAACCCUAUGAAUGUAAGGAGUGUGGGAAGGCCUUUAGUAGUGGAUCAAACUUUACUCAACAUCAAAGAAUCCAUACUGGGGAAAAACCUUAUGAAUGCAAGGAAUGUGGCAAUGCCUUCAGUCAGAGUUCACAGCUAAUUAAACAUCAGAGAAUCCACACAGGUGAGAAGCCUUAUGAAUGUAAGGAAUGUGAAAAGGCUUUUCGGUCUGGUUCAGACCUCACUCGACAUCAGCGAAUUCAUACUGGUGAGAAACCCUAUGAAUGUAAAAUAUGUGGGAAAGCCUAUUCUCAGAGCUCACAACUUAUUAGUCACCAUAGAAUUCAUUCGAUUGAGAAGCACUAUGAAUAUAAGCAAUGUGGGAAAACCUUUAAUUAUAGCUCACAAGUCAUUCAGCAUCAAAAUCUAUAUUGGUAAUAAAGCAUAGAAUGU